GAAAGGAGUCAAAGUACUCCGACGGAUAUGAGCUACGUAACAAGGACAUCGAGGCUCACAACAAACAAAUGCCCUGUCAUGAUUCUGUGGUGACUUUGGCUGGCUCGCACCAACGUUUGGUCCUAGCUCCAGUAUAAAAAGUCCCAGAAAUGGCGCCCAGGGGUUUCCCAAGUCAGAACUCCCGCCGAUUACAUAUCGGACUAAACAGCAAAAACAAGGCCCAGACAUGUCUCGCACGCACCAAGCUCACAAGAACCGAGGCCUUGGAGGCCUCCGUAGCUGCGUCCUUCUCCUUUUGACGUAUUCGGCCGAGGUUUCCUGUGCCAGAGCCCCGUGGAGACGACAGCGCCAAGACGCGGCAGCAAAGCUAGGGGAUCAGCCGAUCAAAGAGGAUGCUCUGACCGCCAUAACCCCGGUCCAUGACGGGGAACAGUCCGAGCUCCUCACAGCCGUCACGCCCGUCCGCGACCCGACAGAGUUUGCCAACCCCCUCACGGCCAUUACCCCUGUCACCCCGUCGACUGGAACCGAUGCUCUGACGGCCAUCACGCCCGUCACGCCUUGGAGCAGCGAGCGGCCGCCGAUGGCCACCAAGACCGAAACCGUGGAUGUGUGGACUACUCAGACGGUUGUGGGCGGACCGGACGUGACGGCAACAGUCACGAUGACGGGGACGGGGACUGGCCUCGGCGGCGGGGGUGCCACGACAGCGGUUGAGACAGGAGCUACGGGAACAGGGGGCGCGACAGCAAACCCAUCGGGACAGCCGUCAUCGUCUUCGCUGCUGGCGCUGGCGACGGUGACGACGGGCGUGGUUGGCUGUUGGCUAUUUACGUGACGCAUAUUGGUGUAAUUGCAAGUGGGUAUGGCUUCGAACAGAG